AUGUCUGGCGAUUCGUGGGGAAGGCUAUAUCGUCACGCAAUUAAGGCCCAGGGUGAUCUGCACGAUGUGCAGCACGGCACCAGGCACCGCCAUCGACCAAAGGCCGUAAGGGCCGUGACAGAGGGCCGUGUCUUUUUUGGAACGAGGCAUGUAGUGAAAUACGGGCGGAUAGGGCCGGGUUGCAUGGUGCCAGAGUGUACAUGGAGUAGCGCAGUAUCAGCACCAGCACCAGCACCAGUCCCAGCAGCAGUGGCAGCACGGCCGCCUGCCGCGGUCGACGACGUUGAGCCACUUAGUCAGACUCUUGCAAAGCCGCUGUCAUGGGCUAUGGGCAGGCGAGCAAGCGAUGCUGCGAUGGUCUUGGAGUCGGGAAAGAAGGAAAACAUGUGCCCUGUGCUGUGCUCGACGGCCGUGAUCGUGUGUCAGUUGGCGUGGGUGGAUGGGUGGGUGUAUGGGAGAAGGGAUGAAUGGAUGGAUGAAUUGGGCAUAUGGAGGCGUGUGUUGUGUGUGUGUGGUGUGUGGGCGAGUGGCCGUCCUGGGGCACACCCGUUCUGGGACGCCCCUUCCCUCUGGUCGCACGCAGCAGGAGCGUUGGAGGCAGCGGGCUGGGGCUUGGGGGGGGGGGAAGGAGCAAUGGUGCGCGCGUCAGGAACGACGAGGCAGGCGUGGGAAGCGAACGUUUUAGCAGGCUUAGCAGGCCAGACAGCCCAUGUCUAUUGGAUGCGGAAUCGGGGCCUCGUGGCAAUCCCAGCCGGCACCUUGGACGGGGGCAUUGCGGCAUACCCAGGCACAACCACGACUCGACAAGACUCGACUCGACUCGUCAAGACUACACACGAAUUUUCUAGACGGCGCGCAAAGCUUAUCGCUGCCCGUCGUGACACCACGCUGCCCGCUCCUCCAAGCUGCUGA